AUGUACCAGCAGCUGCGAUUAAUCUUUGCUAUUCUAGUAAUUAGUGUCUGUCAUACCAAUACGGAGGCCUACAGAAUAUUAAGCAUAAACAGCAGUCCCAGCCGAUCGCACGUCAUAGUGCAAGAGGCUCUGGCCAAAGAAUUGGCUCGUCGUGGCCAUCAUGUUACCAUGGUCAGCCCGUAUCCCUCGGCUUCGUCGUUGGAAAAUUACCGGGAGAUAACAGUUCCUAUUGUAAAACCCUGCGCAGGUGCAAUGGCGAGUAUGAUGAAGGAUCAGUCCGGUUGGGCAAUGUUUAUGACUAUGCUAAGCAUCAGUGAUGUAUUUAUGGAUGCGAUGAAUAAUUCUAUUAAUCACCCGGAGGUGCGGCGUGUGAUCAGGAAAGAAAAAUUCGACUUGAUAAUAACUCCUGUGAUAGCAGAUUUCGUUCUGGGUCUAACUCAAUUACUAGAUGCACCCGCGAUUACUGUCUGCCCAAACUCGAUCUUUGGAUACCUCAAUGGGGUGGUCGGAAAUCCGAAUCCAAUUGCAACAAUACCAAGUCCCAUGGUGGGACUUACCAGCCCAAUGAAGUUUUUCGAUCGAGUUACAAACAUAUUUGGCUGGUUGCUAGAAACUUUUUUUGCGAAGUAUCUCAAAUACACUUCGGAGAAAUUCUAUUAUUCAAAUUUUCCAGCGGAUCAGUUUCAUCCAUAUGACGAUGCACGCAAAAAUAUUUCGCUACUGUUAGUAAAUCAACAUUUUUCCAAAGCUGGACCACGCCCCUACGUUCCUGCUGUUGUCGAAGUGGGUGGUCUACAGACCAAGUCGAAGCCAGACCCACUGCCAAAAGAUCUGCAAGACUGGAUGGACGGAGCUGAGCAUGGUGUAAUUUUGUUUAGUUUGGGUUCUAAUAUCCAAAGUUCAUCGAUCCCUGGUGAAAAACUGGAUGCUGUGAUAAAUACUCUAAAAAAGUUGAAACAAAGAGUUAUCUGGAAAUGGGACUCACCGGAUUUGCCCAAUAAGCCUUCAAAUGUCCUGCUACGCCCGUGGUUGCCACAGGAUGAUAUCUUGGCACACAAAAAUAUUCGUCUUUUCGUAACCCACGGUGGCUUGGGAGGGGUAGCGGAAGCUCAGUUUCAUGGCGUUCCCUUGGUGGGUAUUCCAUUCUUCGGAGACCAGCCGGGGAAUCUUUUGAACGUUCAAAGAGCAGGUUGGGCGGUUGUGGUAGAGUUUACUGAAUUAACCGAGCAGACAUUCACCGCAGCAAUAAAAGAGCUGUUGGAAAACUCGAGCUACACAGAUACUGCAAGAAAGCUUUCCAAAUUAUAUCGAGACCGUCCGAUGACAGCUAUGGAUACUGCCGUAUAUUGGACGGAAUACGUGAUCCGAAAUAAAGGGGCUCAUCAUAUGCGCUAUUCGGGAGUAGAUCUCAACUUUUUCCAGCUGCAUUUGUUGGACGUGUGGGCAGUGUUGGGAUCAGUAGUAUUUUUGUUUGUGGUAAUAAUUAUACGCGUAUGCAAAUUCUGCUGCAGAAGUUGUUGUCCAACCAAUACUGGCUUGUCUAGCGGAAAAAAGAAUCGGAAAGUGAAAUCGCAUUAA